AUGGCCCCAAUAGCCCUAGAUGAUAUAUCUCCCCCUCCAUCUGUGCUUGGAAAGACCAGUUAUAAGGACACCUCCCAAAGGUCACAACUCCCACAAGAUACCAAGCAAGUUGCAAGCUACAGAGGCUAUGAUAAUGUACAUUGGUAUGUGGGUAAUGCAAAGCAGGCAGCCACCUUCUAUGUUACUAGAAUGGGUUUCGAGAGGGUGGCUUAUCGAGGUCUCGAAACAGGAUCUCGGGUGGUCGCAUCGCAUGUUGUUCGAAAUGGCGACGUAACAUUUGUCCUUACUUCACCUCUCCAGAGCCCGGAUACUAAGAGUACGUCACUUUCAGAAGAAGAUCGACAACUCCUGAGAGCGAUCCAUGAUCACCUAAGAGCACACGGAGAUGCAGUGGUUGAUGUGGCAUUUGAGGUCGACAAUGUCCAUGCAGUCUACGAUGCGGCGGUGGCAAAGGGAGCUUUAAAGGUCUCCGCGCCUACUACCAUAAGCGAUGAUUUCGGAUCUGUAACUCACGCAACGAUUCGGACCUAUGGAGAUACCACACAUACACUCGUACAACGCAGCCAAUAUCAGGGAGUUUUCCUUCCUGGGUACCGCGCCGUGACUGAGACCGAAAGAAGCGCCAAGUAUCUGCCACGAGUAGAUUUGAUGGCCAUUGAUCAUUGCGUUGGUAACCAGGACUGGAACGAAAUGGAGGCAGCCUGCGACUACUAUGAAAAGACUCUAGGGUUCCACAGAUUUUGGUCGGUCGACGACAAGGAUAUAUGCACAGAAUAUUCGGCCCUGAAGUCAAUCGUCAUGGCUAGUCCAGACGAAAAGAUCAAAAUGCCUAUCAAUGAACCAGCAACAGGGAUCAGAAAAUCACAAAUCGAAGAAUAUGUCGAUUUCUACAACGGUGCUGGAGUUCAACACAUAGCCCUCCGGACAGACGACAUAAUAGCAGCGGUCACUAACUUGAAGGAACGAGGAGUUGAUUUUAUCUCUGUGCCAGAUACCUACUAUGAGUCGAUGGCCAAAAGAUUGCAAAGUGCAGGUAUGAAACUAGACGAAGAUUUCGCCGCCUUGCAGAAACUGGGCAUUCUCAUCGACUUCGACGAAGGGGGCUACCUUUUACAACUAUUCACAAAACAUCUUAUGGAUAGGCCGACAGUCUUCAUUGAGAUCAUCCAAAGGAACAACUUCUCAGGCUUCGGAGCGGGCAACUUCAAAUCGUUGUUUGAAGCAAUUGAACGGGAGCAGAUGGCCAGGGGGAACCUAUGA